AGCUUAUUUCCAGCAAUGCUUCGCGCUGCGGCGAGUUAUUGCUGCAAAACUACCUGGUGUGCCACUGGUGGAGUGCUGCGCGCGCGACGGCGUGACUGUGAGAUUUGAUUUGUCUGCUCCUGACCGCGGGCCACACGUGCUUGCACGCAAAGCUUGAAUCACGUUACGUCGGCGCGUACACCGCUUUCAAAACUCGAGGCUGAGGCGCUCUCUUUGCCACCUGUAAUUUUGACUGCUCAGGCUCGCCUAGCGAUCGUUUACACGCGCCAGCGCUUGCACAACGCGUUUGGCAUCGACAGUGGUCGUAGACUGCAAAACCCAACUUCUACACGCGCAGCAUCUCCUGGCACCACGCUGCGUGCCACUGCAGCAGCAACUCACCGCAGCAACGCCGCCGACGCAACAAUGAUGGAGCGCCAGUGGCCGACCGUCCUCGCCACGGCCAUCGCGGGAGUGGUAAUAGCGGCACUGGGCAUUUAUAAAUCAAAAAAGGAAGCGCUCGGCUGCGACGGCGCCGAGGCAACGCAGUGGCUCGUGCUCGUGCGCCACGGCGACCGCAUGGACUACGCCAUGCCGGCGUGGAGGGCCCGCAUCCAGGCCCUCGGGCGCUACCCGCGCGACCCGCCGCUCUCUACGCUCGGGCACCGGCAGGCGCGGCAGCUCGGGACUGCUGCGGCCGCAACACUAAAACGGCGAGGCGGCGCGGUGCGCGUGCUCAGCUCGCCCUACCUACGGUGUCUGCAGACGAUUACGCCGCUCUGCGACGCGUUGGACGUGCCUUUGGAGCUAUAUCCGGAGAUCGCGGAGGUGCUCCACCACCCGCGGAACGUGGCGCCCUACGCCGAGCGCUUCCAGUAUUUUCCUCGGCUUGUUGACCGGGCCGACCCGCACACCGGCGACGACGAGGAGACGUGGCCGUUGGGAUACCUGGAGCGCAUGGCCGCGACGGAGUGGAACUUGACGGAGCUGCUCGACGCCGAGCUAGGACGAGGGCGGUCGACGGUUGUCCUCACUAGCCAUGCGGCGAGCGUUGCACUUGUCUCCCGUCUCCUCGGGGUCGAGCUCACGGUGGACCUCAAAUUCGCCCCGUGCGGCGCGUACGUCUUCGCCCGCGACGCGAAGGGCGACGCCUGGCGCCUGCUGCGGUCAGGAGAUUCGAACGCGCCCUACGUGACGGAGAACGCGAAGACGACGUAUCCCUGGGGCUACAAACCGCAGUACCUCGAAAAGUGGGCGGAGACGCACGGCGGGCAGCGGUACCCGCGCGGGGCUUCCUACGAGUGGCUCUCCGCGUUUCGCGGCGCGAACCUGGCCCGUCAGGGCGAGGCGUCGGUCAGCGUGCAAAAGUAACAUGUCUUCUCUACUACAAGACACUACUGGG